AUGCUUUCGAUGUUGCUCAAAUUGACGCUAUGCGAUACAAAGUAUUUUUGGUUCAGGCGUGGCACACCCGAUUUCGAAAGCAAAGACAGUAAAUAUGUGCUAUCUCCCACACACGACGGCCAAGGGAAGCUCCGCGUAAACCCAGCUACACAGUCAGCUUCCACGUCAAACGAGUAUCAAAAUGAUUCCAUUAAUAAUAACACGUUACCAACAGGAGGGAACCAGAUGCAGAGACCGGCUGUGAGGAGACGGAUCAGGAGGAGAGCCAACUCGGCCUCCAACGACCCCGCGGAACAGUUGACCGAGAUGUCUGUCAGGGGCUUGAACCUGUUCAGAUACGCCUCGGUCAACGAGGGCGUCUAUCAAUGCAUUGAAUGCGCGAAAGAGAACAUACAAAAGACCUUCAAAAAUAAGUAUUCAUUCCAGAGACACGCCUUCCUCUACCACGAGGGUCAGCAGAGGAAAGUGUUCCCAUGUCCCGUCUGCUGCAAGGAGUUCUCGAGGCCGGAUAAGAUGAAGAACCACAUGAAGACAACACACGACUCGUACGUGCCGAAGGACUGCGUGUACCCGAACGCUUUCUUCAUGCUGCCAGGUAUGGACGGCCAGCUGCCCCCCGGCGUCACGCUGGAGGCCAUCGGCUCAGGAUCCCCGCGCGGCUCCACUCCAUCCCACUCUUCACCCGACCCGACGCAAGCCUGA